AUGGAGAACCUUCUCAGGAACAUCAGCUCUACCUCCACCACCGAGUCCCCGCUGCCUCUUUUCACCGCGAACCCGACUAACUGCAGCGGCUGGGACCAGAGUUGGGGGGCGCCAUACCUGCACAGGUUGGCCCACCUGGAUGUGCAGCUGUACCAAGACUUCUACGGUGUCUGGAUCGCUCUGAUGGUGUGUAACUGCUUGAUGCUGGUGGUCGGUGUGGUCCUCAACAGCCUGGCUCUUUAUGUUUUCUGCGGGGCCUCCACCCACUCCUCAGCCUCAGUGGUUUACACCAUAAACCUGGCCGUAGCCGACCUGCUGGUGGCGCUGUCGCUGCCUGCUCGCAUCGCGCUCUACCACAGCGGGGGGAGCUGCGUGGCCUGCUCCUACGUCCACACCUUCAGCUACUUCGUCAACAUGUACUGCAGCAUCCUGUUUCUGACCAGUAUCUGCAUAGAUCGGUACCUGGCCGUCGUCCACGCAUCCAGCACUCUCCAUCGAUGGAGGACUACCGGAGCAGCCAAGUGUGUCAGCGCCACAGUGUGGUUCGUCGCAGUUGUGGUCACCUACUCUUUUCAGACCACAGCGUUGGAGUUCAGCACCUCCUGCAUGCUCAUCCCAGCCCUCUUCUACCUCACCAUCCUGGAGUUUCUCCUCCCUCUGCUCGCCGUGGUGGGCUUCACCCUGCGCGUCACCUGCUUCCUGUCCUCCAGCCACGGACCGAUUCCCCAGCAGAGCAGGGCGAGGAGGACUCGGGCCAUCAGGCUUCUGGCCACCGUCCUGGUGGUCUUUACCAUUUGCUUCACGCCCUUCCACAUCCGCCAGGUGCUGGUUUACUUCCGGAUCAGAGUCCGAGGGGAAGGGAUAGCGCGGGGGGCGGGGCACGUGCUGGCCUAUCACAUCACGGUGACGCUGAGCAGCCUGAACAGCUGCCUGGAUCCGGUGGUUUACUGCUUUGUGACGGACAGCUUCAAGAGAAUGUGGAGGACGAGGAGGAGCGGAGGGAGGGAGGUGGACGGAGAGGCGGGGCGGAUGAGUGGGGCAGACGGGGACAGGAUUUCGGUGAAUAAAUGUUCGGGUACAGCGCUGGCGAUAGCUCACAGCGUGGUAACGCUCACCCUCACCAGCACCCCCCUAUCUGCAGCCAACACAGACCAGUCUGCUUAG